AUGGCAUCCCAGCUGAAGGUAACAGUUCCCUUUGUUAGUUUCUUCCUUUUGUAUUUGGUGGCGUGGGCAAAUGCGGCUGGAGAAUGUGGUCGCACGCCGAUAAAUUCAGCGGCCACCAGCCUGAGCCCGUGCCUUGGUGCAGCUUCUAAUGUUAGGGCAAAAGUUACUCCGGCUUGUUGCACCAAAGUUAAUGCAUUGAUAAAGAGUGCUCCGAGGUGCCUUUGUGCUGUCCUCCUAUCGCCUCUUGCGAAAAAUGCUGGUAUUAAACCCGCAAUAGCCAUCACUAUUCCGAAGAGAUGCAACAUCAGGAGUCGACCUGCUGGAAAGAAAUGUGGUCGUUAUACCGUCCCAUGA